CCCGGCUAGACCUGGGGACGUGGAAUGGUUCCUGUAUCUCCCCGAGGGUUCCCACUUGGCCUUCAGUAGGGGUCAAGACGCAGGGACUUGUACCAAAGGGGAGAAAAACCGGGCUCUACCUGAGGCCCCUAGGACCUCCGUCUCCCAAUGUCGGAGGUUCCCUCCCAGGAAUCCGCCACGUGACGGAUUCUAGGAGGCAGCCCUCCUAGAGCAGAAGAAACCUUUAAGUGCCUUGGCUGCGAAGAUGCCGCCUUCCCUGCCUUCCCUGCUGCUGCGGCUUGUGAUGCUGCUACUGCUGCUACUGUCCCAGACAGAGGCUCGCUCCUUCGUAGUGGAUCGGCAACAUGACAGAUUCCUCCUGAACGGAGUCCCGUUCCGCUAUGUUUCUGGCAGCCUGCAUUACUUUCGCGUACCGCGGGUACUUUGGGCCGACCGGCUUCUCAAGAUGCGUUUGAGCGGCCUCAACGCUGUACAGUUUUACGUGCCCUGGAACUACCAUGAGCCGGAGCCUGGGGUCUAUAACUUUAACGGCAGCCGGGACCUCGUUGCCUUUUUGAAUGAGGCAGCUAGAGCGAACCUGUUGGUCAUUCUGAGACCAGGACCUUACAUCUGUGCAGAGUGGGAGAUGGGAGGUCUCCCAUCUUGGUUGCUUCGAAAACCUAAUAUUCGUCUGAGAACCUCCGAUCCAGCUUUCCUUGCUGCUGUGGACUCCUGGUUCAACAUCUUGCUACCCAAGAUAUAUCCAUUUCUCUACCACAAUGGGGGCAACAUCAUUAGCGUUCAGGUGGAGAAUGAAUAUGGUAGCUACAGGGCCUGUGACUUCAAGUAUAUGAGACACUUGGCUGGCCUCUUCCGGGCAUUACUAGGAGACAAGAUCUUGCUCUUCACCACAGAUGGGCCUCAAGGACUCAAAUGUGGUUCCCUCCAGGGACUCUAUACCACUAUAGAUUUUGGCCCAGCUGACAACAUUACCAAAAUAUUUUCCUUGCUUCGGAAUUACGAACCCCAUGGGCCAUUGGUGAACUCUGAGUACUAUACAGGCUGGCUGGAUUACUGGGGCCAAAACCACUCCACCCGGUCCAGCCUGGAUAUAGCCCAAGGACUGGAAAAGAUCCUCCAGUUGGGAGCCAGUGUGAACAUGUACAUGUUCCAUGGAGGUACUAACUUUGGAUACUGGAAUGGUGCUGACGAGAAGGGGCGCUUCCUUCCAAUUACUACCAGCUACGACUACGAUGCACCCAUAUCUGAAGCAGGGGAUCUCACACCUAAGUUUUUUGCACUUCGAAAUGUCAUCAGCAAGUUCCAGGAAAUUCCUUUGGGACCUUUACCUCCCCCCAGCCCCAAGAUGAAGCUUGGACCUCUGACUAUGAACCCGGAUGGGAAUUUGCUGUCUUUCCUAGACUUUCUCUGUCCCCACGGCCCAAUCCGUUCAGUUUUGCCAUUGACCUUUGAGGCUGUGAAGCAGGACCAUGGCUUUAUGCUAUACCGGACCUAUCUGACUUUCACUGUUUUUGAACCAACACCAUUCUGGGUGCCAAAUAAUGGAGUUCAUGACCGUGCCUAUGUGAUGGUGGAUGGGGUAUUCAAGGGUGUCCUGGAACGGAACUUGAAACAGGAACUAUAUUUGACUGGGAAUGUGGGGGCCAAGCUGGAUAUAUUGCUAGAGAAUAUGGGGAGGCUCAGUUUUGGGUCUAACCACAGUGACUUCAAGGGCCUGUUAGAAACACCACUUCUUGGGCAGACUCUCCUCACCGAGUGGACUAUGUUCCCUCUCAAGAUUGAUAAGCUUAUAAGGUGGUGGUUCCCCCUGCAGCUGGUCAAAAGAGCACAGCCUCAAGUUUUUUCUGUUCCUGCCUUCUAUUCCACAACAUUUUCAGUGUUAGGCAAACUUGGAGACACAUUUCUGCAUCUAUCUGGAUGGACCAAGGGUCAAGUAUGGAUCAAUGGGUUUAACUUGGGCCGGUACUGGACAAAGCGGGGUCCACAGCAGACCCUAUAUGUGCCAAGACAUCUGCUGCUUAAUAGAUCGAUCAACAAAGUCACAUUGCUGGAGCUAGAAAACAUGCCACGUGAGCCCACAAUCCAAUUUUUGGAUAAGCCUAUCCUCAAUAGCACUUUGCACUGGGGCUAUACCUAUUUUCUCUCAGAAACACAAAGUUCAUAUGAACCAAUGGAAUUAAGUGGGCACUGAAAGAAAGAUGACCCUUGAAUCUGGGACACAGGGCAAGAUCCUUUGGUGCUGGUCACAGUGGCCAUAAAGAAUCAAAAGCUACAAUCCCACCGAAUGUAAGUACAGAUACAGUUUUCUUGCCAAA